CGGCGAUAAUAACAAUGUCCGAUCUCCUAACCCUCUUCCCCACAUUCCCCCUCACUCCUCCGGUAUCAAACCUCCUCAACUUCAUUGAAGACGCCAGAUUAACUACCGCAGAUCUGCUAGUCCUCGACCCAAUACCAAUUUCCCGCCGUCUCCCACCCCAACUAAACACCUCACUUCUAGAGCUCAAAAGCCUGCAGAGGGCCCUAGUAGAGCACAUCCACGCCGACAUUGCACGGCUAUCCUCGCUUCCCCCGCCCCGUACGAUAACAACCCGCUCGCCAACGCUGGACAGGCUCCUGAACAAGAUCCCAACGCAAGCCAUCACCGAAUUCGUCGGCGAAAGCGGGUCCGGGAAAACACAAAUCCUCCUCCUCUUGACCCUCACCGUGCAACUGCCCCCAUCCCACGGCGGUCUUGGUAGGCCAGCGGUCUACAUCUCCACCGAAGCCCCACUCUCCACCCCACGUCUGAUCCAGCUGAAAAAUUACAUUUCCCGUGACUUGCCCGUGAGCGAACAGCCCACGACGGAUAAGGUCUUUUCCAUCGUCUGCUCGGAUUUGGAAACUCAGGAGCAUAUCAUCCGCUACCAGCUCCCGGUACUCGUACAGAAGUUCAAUCUGGGUUUGAUAGUAAUCGACUCCAUAGCGGCGAACUUUAGGUCGGAAUUCGAGCGGCCGAUGGACAGGAGCAAGAAGCUGAGAUCGAGUAACACUUCUACGCCUUCUUCAUCACCAUCAUCAUCCUCAACGGCAGCCUCCAAUGCGGGUGCCCGGCACGGCAGUCAAAUGGCACGGCGAGGGAAAGACAUGGUGAAACUAGCAGCGACCUUGAGACACCUAGCCAUAACCCACAAUCUAGCCGUCGUAGUUUCGAACCAGGUUUCGGAUAAAUUCACACCUUCUGCUAACGCCCGCACCCCGUUGCCAUCGUCGUCGGUACGGGACGAGGAUGAUGACGACGACGAUGUGAUGAGCUUGGACUUUCAGUCAAGGUGGUUUACGGGGUGCGAUGAGGGGCUGGAAGGCGGUGGGAAGGUCCCGGCUUUGGGACUCGUGUGGGCGAAUUUGUUGGCUACGAGAGUUGUCAUUCGCAAGAGCGAGGAUUCAGAGACUGGGGAGCGGAGGAGGGGCUUGAGGGUUGUUUACUCCAAUAGAGUGUUGGCUGGGGAGGAGGUUGGGAUUGAGGUGUUUGAGGGAGGGGUUAGGAGUAUUGAUGAUGGGGGCGAUGAAUGUUCGUGAGGAGGUGGUAUUAUAGUACGGUUUGAGUAUAGUGUGCUGGAUUUUAUUUUAUUCCCUUGUCUUUUCCUCUUUCCUUUCUCUCUUGUAUACGGGGUACUAUUUGCUAGUUUGUAUUAUAGUGUUUCGCACUUGUAUAGUACUAUAAUUGGGGUUUUAAGACGCGUCUAGUAGCCCUUGGUUCCGGAAAGUACUAAAAUCGUAAAACACAAGUCGCAACCUGC